CAGAACGCAAACUUAGGACAAUCGAGUCCCGGAAGAAAAAGGGUAGAACUCUCUCAAGAUGUUCAUAUGACAAAGUGUUUCAGCAGAAUAUACUGUAAAGGGAUGAAUCUAAUUGAAGGGAUGCUGUCACCAACAUCAAGACACAGAGGACCAAACAUGCUGUCAGGUCCCGUGAUAGUUGCCCAGUCGGCGAGUGCCACCAAGUCAGUGAUAUCUACAGAUGUAUGCAAACAGAUGCCUGUGGCGAACCCUUUUAAAGUGCUUGACAACAGCAACAUAUUUCUGAUCAGGAACAAGGAAAAGGAGCGCAGGAAACUGGAGCUGCAGAGCCAGUUGAGUUUGCGGGUCCAUGAGAAGGUGACCUAUGCGGGCCGUAUGAAGGCCAAGCAGGGUGACCUCCUCAGGGAACUGAGAGAGGGGCUGGAGGAGGACACAGCCCAGCCAGGAGGGGAGGAGAGCAGCCUGGCCCAGCAACAAAACACCCCUGCCUGGAGGGUGGCCAUGAUCAAAGAUCGCAAUAUUGACAAAGAGAGCAUGAAUGAGUUUAUCACCAAGAAAAGGGAGAUAUUUCUGCUGGAGUACUCCUUGGCUGUGAAGCGUGGAGAGAUCAAGCAGCUGGAGAAAAUGGCGGCCGGCGAGGAGAGGAAGCUGAUGCGCGCCGAGCGGUUCCUGGAGGACGACGCCAUCAUGUUCGACGAGUUCCUCAAAGAGAAUGACAAGAACUCUGUGGAGGCCAUCAAAGUUGCUGAGUUAGAGACCAAAGUGAAACUGGAGAAGGUGACUGAGAUCAAGAGGCUCACGACUAGGAUGGUGACCAUUAAGAGUGACAUCUCUAAGUUUGAGGACAUCAUUAAGGAGUACACCAUGUACAAGGAGUUCCUCUUCAAGCUGUCCCCUCCAGAGUGGCAAGAGGCACAGAGGGCCAAGGGUAAGACCCCCAAAGCCAAGUCUGCCACCAAGUCUGCCACCAAAGACAAGUCCAAAGAGAAAGACAAAGACGAGAGGGCCACUCCGAAAAGAGGUGUGGAAAGCAGGGCGUCCUUUGCGAGUCGAGAGCUGCCCCCUCUCCGGGAUGCCAGGGCCCCCUCUAGACAGUCAAUAGGCCAGAGUGACAAACCGAGUCCUGUGGCAGAACUGGAGACCGACAGCUCUGAAUAUGAGGAACACCCAGAGCUGUAUUUCACGGACCCCAGGCAGCUCCUGGAGUUGCUUUCAGAGCUGGAGGAGCAGAACCUCUCUCUGAUCCAGAACUCCAGGGAGACGGAGGAGGCCCUGGAGGUGUUCAGUAAGGUCAUGGACCAUACAAAAAAGAAGAUGGAGCUGGAAACCGUCCAGCUGACCCAGCAGAUAGACGUCAUGACCCACACCAUCCAGAGGGAGAGGGACCGGGCUGCCGAGCUGGAGCUGAGGGCCCGCCUCUUCAACUUUGGGAAGUACAAAUCCGCCGACCAGGAGGUUAUGUUGGACUCCCUGGGCGCUAAGGUGGAGGUGGUGUACCGGAGCUGCGUGGGCGACACAGAGGCCAACCUGAGCACGUUGCAGAUGCUGAUGGUUAUCGAGAGCCGUCUGGGCGAGCUGCUGGAGAACGUGGAGAUGAUCCCCAAGGAGCGGCUGCUGAUGGCCGAGAGGACCAAGGAGAAGGAAAGGAGGCUCAGGCUGCGUGAUGAGAAGAUGCAUCAGGCGAAGCAGCACCAGGAGGAGAGGCUGAAGAGGGCCCUGGAGAGAGCCCAGGCCGACAUCAAGAAAACAACUGGCAAGAAACUGAUGGCCAGAUCACAGCCCCCUGCUGGCAAGCUGAAGACCAGCCAGGUGUAUGACAUCUCAGACAAGGAGAAAGAGGAGCAGCUUUACUUCUUCACCUAAAGGGCAGAGUCAGUCACAACACAGCCCCUAUGCCAUUACUGACAAGAACUCAUUUAAUAUGUUUUGGCCUAUUGUGGGGCUGUGACUGACUCACUGUAAAUACUGACCAAUAAUUGGAUAUGACAGGUAUAAGUAAGACUUUUCAAACGUCUCCAUUGGACGCUGGUGAUGUCACGAUGGGGUAGGUCCUACUUAUUGGUACUCGGUGGGGAGCAUGUGGACUUUGUUUUGGUGGAGCGCUUUCUAGGGCAUGUGGACAGUACUCUCCCCACACAUUUUAUAGACUUUGAUUAUUUUGUGUUACCAGAAUGUUUUCUUAUCCGUUAUAUUGAUCAUCUAUUGUGCUUCUUUACCUGAUCAUAUCUGAAUAGCAGUUAGAUGGACUGACUGCAUGUAUGUGAUGAACAAAUUAAUAAACUUUUUUUUUUACACAAUAAA